UAUUAUAUAAUGUUGGUAAGCCCAAAAUCCUUAUUAAUUCUCGUGAUUUAUGCUACGAUCAACGAUGCCGAGAUAACUGAAAUAGACGAUGAGAGCUGUGAGACUUUACAGUCCGAAGUGCACAUUACUAAGGACGAAUACGAUGAGAUAGGACGUCUGAGAAGAACAUGUAGCGGUGAUAUAUCGGUUUCUAAAUGUGAAGGAUUCUGUAAUUCACAAGUACAGCCAAGUGUUAUCACUACUACAGGCUUUUCAAAAGAAUGCUACUGCUGCCGAGAGAGUUAUUUAAAAGAAAGAUUUGUCAUUCUGAAUCAAUGUUACGACGUGGAUGGAAUCAAAUUGAUAGGCAUGGACGACGAAAUGAUGGAAAUUAAGAUACGAGAACCCGCUGAAUGUAAAUGCAUCAAGUGCGGUGACCUUGCAAGAUAAAAGUGGCAUCAAGAUUUAAAAUUUUGUGAAAAUUCAAAUUAUAACUAUUAUGUAACAAUUACAAUGAUAGAUAGAAAAUAAAAAUAAAGAUAUUAUAAUCACAUUAAAGAAAUAAAUUCUAUAAAUAAAUAAA